UAACAGAUUUUAUGUUGAACAAUCAAAAAAAAUGUAUUUGUGUUAUUAAGGUGUGUAAAUUUUACACAUUUGUUUCAAUAUUAUACUAAGAACUAAAGCCUUGGUUUAUUUUUGUUGUCAUUUUAUGAUUUCCUUUCCUAAACGGUACAAAUCCUAUUUCUGAAAUAUGACUAGAAAUGUUUUAUUUUGAAAGUUUGGAAUGGUCCUCUGAAAGGUUGAAAAGAUGGAACCCGUAAUAAAACACAUUGUGAAGCUGAAGCCUUUCUGUCCUAACUAAGGCUAAGGCUAAUGCAUUCGUCAUAUGACGUCAUAAUCCUCUUUGUUGAUACGAAUCAACAAAUAGAAAUACCUAUAUGUAAUAUGUUGAUGGUCCCACAUAUUAACAAAUUAUAUUUAGAGUAAUUUAAUGCAUUUCUGUCCGUUUACUUCGUCCGUUAAGCACAAUAUCGUAAUACAGUCUUUCCGCCGCUAGAUGUCUCUCCACGUCAACGUGUGACGGGUUCUGGAAACGUCCCCCACAAACAGUGGUUAAACAGGAUUAUUAUAGCAGCUUUCUUUCGUCGGUUGUACAGUUUGGUAUAUUGAACGACGGUUGCAUCUUAGAUUUGCGUUAAAACUGAACGUCACACUGUAAUUUACCGAUACCCGAGGAGCAACUCGUCUCACUUUACACGCAGACCAUAAUACAAUGGCGACGUUUACAACGUCUAGCAGAAGACCGUACCAUAUAAUAGUGUUUGGAGCGAGCGGUUUUACCGGUCAGUUUGUAGUGGAGGAGGUUGCGCGGACGUGUUCCGAAGGUCCGGGCGGGUCGUUACAGUGGGCUGUAGCUGGACGAAACCGCGCGCGGCUGGAGAAAAUACUCCUUCAAGUUGCUGAAUCUCUCUGUAAACCAGAGGUGAAGUGUGUGGAGGUUAUUGUAGCAGAUGUAGCCGAGCCGGAGUCGCUGGCCAUCAUGUGCAAACAAGGUGUCAUUGUGCUCAACUGCGUGGGACCAGUAAGUCCACAACGUCUAUUGUCGAAAAGCACAGGAAGGGGGCCAUUUACACAUCGAUUCUAUGGAGAGCCCGUGGUGAAGGCCUGUUUAGAAAAUGGCGCCCACUGCAUUGACAUUUGUGGAGAGCCACAGUUUUUAGAGGGGAUACAGCUGAACUAUCACUCUGCAGCUCAGGAGAAUGGCGUGUAUGUCAUUGGAAGUUGUGGAUUUGAUUCCGUCCCAGCCGAUAUGGGCAUCCUCUAUACACGGGAUCAAUUCAAAGGAACGCUCACUGCCGUGGAGAGCUUUUUAACUGUAAGCACAGGACCCGAGGGAGGAUGUGGCCACGAUGCAACGUGGAGGUCAGCCAUCUUUGGCUUUGCCGACAUCUCCAAUCUCAGAAGAAUAAGAAAGAAGUUUGGGCAUAAACCGCUCCCUGUUGCCGGCGCUAGAGUUCAAAAGAGGGGAACUGUUUUCUUCAGUAAGGAGAUAGAGCAGUAUGCUAUUCCCUUCAUGGGCUCAGAUCCCUCUGUGGUGCGGCGGACUCAGCGCUACCUGUACGAGGAACACAAAAAUUACCCUGUCCAGUACACGGCAUAUGUAGGAAUUGGUGAUAUUUUCUCCUUGGCGAAGACCCUGUUUGCAGGUGUGGUCUUCUGGUUCAUGGUCAAAUUUGGUCUUGGAAGGAGAUUGCUUACUCAGUUUCCCAAAUUUUUCUCUUUCGGAAUGUUCUCCAAAACUGGACCAUCAAAGACACAGAUGAAUGACACAUCUUUCUGCAUGAGGUUCAUUGGGGAAGGCUACACAACAGGUCAGGACCCCUCUCAGGGCAAACCAAAUUUUAGGAUCAGCACAGAAAUAACUGGACCAGAACUCGGAUACAUCGCCACACCAAUUACUAUGGUACAGGCAGCUAUUACGCUGCUGAAUGAGCCACACAGUCUCCCUACACAGGGUGGUGUGUACACUCCAGGCUCAGCGUUCGCAAAAACCACCUUAAUCGACCGUCUAAACAAACACGGAAUAAAGUUCACCGUGCAGGACGAACAUUAGCCGAGUACAUUCUGACUUUCUCCAUUAGACUGGCUUUGUCUUGCUGAUUUUAUAGUUAUCUAAAUUAAGAAAUAGUGUUUUGUAUUGUAUUGAUUUUAGCCAAACAUAUUAUCUGUUGCUGUGGAUUAUUGGCCUAUUUUUAUUUGUGAAGCCAUUUUAAA